AUGGGCACGCUGGGCAAGGCGAGAGAGGCUCCGCGGAAACCUUCCCAUGGCUGCAGAGCUGGCCCGAAAGCGAGACUAGAGGCGAAGCCGCCAGCCAGCAGCCCUCUCCCUUCCCAUCCCAGCCUGGCCCAGAUCACCCAGUUCCGAAUGAUGGUUUCUCUGGGACACUUAGCCAAAGGAGCCAGCCUGGACGAUCUCAUUGACAGCUGCAUUCAAUCUUUUGAUGCAGAUGGAAACCUGUGUCGGAGCAACCAGCUGUUGCAAGUCAUGCUGACCAUGCACCGGAUUAUCAUCUCCUCUGCGGACCUGCUCCAGAAGGUCAUCGCCCUCUAUAAGGAUGCCUUGGCGAAGAACUCACCCGGGCUUUGCCUGAAGAUCUGCUAUUUUGUAAGGUACUGGAUAACGGAAUUCUGGAUCAUGUUUAAAAUGGACGCCAGCCUGACGCACACCAUGGAGGAGUUUCAGGAGCUGGCGAAAGCUCGCGGAGAGGAUCUCCACUGCCGCCUGAUUGACACAACUCAGAUCAAUGCUCGUGACUGGUCCAGGAAACUUACUCAACGGAUAAAGUCAAACACCAGCAAGAAACGGAAGGUGUCCCUGCUGUUCGACCACCUGGAGCCAGAAGAGCUGUCUGAGCACCUCACCUACCUUGAGUUCAAGUCCUUCCGCAGGAUAUCUUUCUCGGACUAUCAGAAUUACCUUGUAAAUAGCUGUGUGAAGGAGAACCCCACCAUGGAGCGGUCCAUUGCCCUGUGCAACGGCAUCUCCCAGUGGGUCCAGCUGAUGGUUCUCAGCCGCCCCACCCCGCAGCUCCGAGCAGAGGUGUUCAUCAAGUUCAUUCAGGUGGCUCAGAAGCUCCACCAACUACAGAACUUCAAUACGCUGAUGGCUGUGAUAGGUGGGCUGUGUCACAGCUCCAUCUCCAGACUCAAGGAGACCAGCUCGCAUGUCCCACAUGAAAUCAAUAAGGUUCUGGGUGAGAUGACUGAGCUACUGUCCUCCUGCAGAAACUAUGACAACUACCGGCGAGCCUAUGGCGAGUGCACCCAUUUCAAGAUCCCCAUCCUGGGGGUGCACCUCAAGGAUCUCAUCUCCCUGUAUGAAGCUAUGCCCGACUAUCUGGAAGAUGGGAAGGUCAAUGUCCACAAGCUGCUGGCCCUUUACAAUCACAUCAAUGAACUGGUCCAGCUUCAGGAGGUGGCCCCGCCCUUGGACGCCAACAAGGACUUGGUACACCUGCUAACUUUAUCCUUGGACCUCUACUACACUGAAGAUGAAAUCUAUGAGCUUUCCUAUGCCCGGGAACCAAGAAACCACCGAGCCCCGUCUGUCUUCAAGAACUAUGAUCACGACCAGGAUGGAUACAUUUCUCAGGAAGAGUUUGAGAAGAUUGCUGCCAGCUUUCCGUUUUCCUUUUGUGUGAUGGAUAGAGACAGGGAAGGCCUCAUCAGCAGAGACGAGAUCACAGCCUACUUCAUGAGGGCCAGUUCAAUCUACUCCAAGCUGGGUCUGGGCUUUCCUCACAAUUUUCAAGAGACCACCUACCUGAAGCCCACUUUCUGUGACAACUGUGCUGGAUUUCUCUGGGGAGUGAUCAAACAAGGAUAUAGAUGUAAAGACUGUGGGAUGAACUGCCACAAACAAUGCAAAGAUCUAGUCGUGUUUGAGUGCAAAAAGCGAGCUAAGAACCCAGCAGCUCCCACAGAGAACAGCAUCUCUGUGGGGCCAGUGUCCAACCUUUGCUCACUGGGAGCCAAAGAUCUUCUCCAUGCACCUGAGGAAGGACCCUUCUCAUUUCCCAAUGGGGAGGUUUUAGAGCACAGCGAAGAGAGCAAGGAUCGAACCAUCAUGCUGAUGGGAGUGUCCUCACAGAAGAUUUCUGUGCGACUGAAAAGGACUGUUGCCCACAAGGCCACCCAGACGGAAGCGCUGCCUUGGAGUGGGAGUGAGGGUCCUUCUGGGCCCUUUGUGUUGUCUUCUCCAAGGAAGACAGCACAGGAUACUCUGUAUGUGCUUCCCAGUCCCACAUCUCCAUGCCCCAGCCCAGUCUUGGUCAGAAAGAGGGCUUUUGUCAAGUGGGAAAAUAAAGAAUCUCUCAUAAAAUCCAAGGAGGAACUACGUCGACUAAGACUUCCAACCUACCAAGAGCUGGAACAGGAAAUCAAUACCCUGAAAGCAGAUAACGAUGCUCUGAAGAUCCAGCUGAAAUAUGCACAAAAGAAAAUAGAAUCCCUGCAGCUUGAAAAAAGCAACCAUGUCUUAGCUCAGAUGGAGCAGAGGGAUUGUUCUUAGCCCAGAAACUCAAGGGACACAAAUCUGUAAAUGAGUAUACUGCAUCUCAUUUCCUAAACUGAGAGACCUGGGACACCUGACAUUGACUGUCUUUUAAGACUUACUGUAAAAAGCAUAAGCCAGUUACUGUCCCCCCACAAACCUAAAAGACUCAAUGUACAGGUGACUCAAAGGGGAAAAUUGAAGGAAGCAACACUUCAGGUGUUCUUACUACAAACCACCUUUCUGGGACUAACAUCAGAAGUGUGGUGAAACACAAUGUAGUUUCUUGAGAAGGCACUGACCAUCUCAUGUGGCUGCCUGGUAGAUUCUUUCUCAAAAUUAAAAUCUCUGGAAAACGAAUUUGCUUCCUCCCCAAGGUUUUCUGUGAACUGAGAUUUACUUUCUUCCAUCCAAAGCUUGCUUAUAAUGAAAAAGUAUUCCUAUUCCACGAGAUUUAUGUCCCCUAAAUCCC